AUGCGCUCUUUUUUUAAUACGGCCGUUAACGCGAAGGAUGCCCACAGCCUCAACAUGAUGCGCAAGUCCUUGGAGAACAUCCGCGCCCAGCGGGCGAUGGAAAAGAUGAAGGAAACCGUGCUGAAUAACUCCGGCCGCGCUGAGGAUCCGCUUAACGUUGGUGACAUGGGCCAUUAUGCGGCAGGCGACGACGGCGCCGCGUUUGAUCCUGCGGCGGCGGAAGAGAACACACCGGCAGCGAAGCGAAAACGAGAGAAGGCUGCAUACCAAGAGGCCCCUCGCCGCCGGCAUGGUGUUAAGGCGCAUCCAUUCGGCGACGAAGAUCUCCGUGGACUGUGGGACCAACACUAG